AUGUCAAAAUCAUCUGUGAUUGAUGUGUUCCUCAGAGUCCGCCCCACCAAAAAUCCAUCAAAUCUCUUUAAACUCAAUAAAGAUGAGGGUACAGCUGAAUUCACAAUCCCCAAGAAUCCAGAUCAAGGUUAUAUCAAUAAUCAAAUUGAAAAACAUACCUUCAAUUUUGCAGGAGUAUUCCCAACUGACACUACUUAGGAGGAAAUCUUCGAUAAAAUAGCCAAAGACGUUGUAGAUUCAGCCAUUGAAGGUUACAAUGGAACAAUAUUUGCAUAUGGAUAAACAGGAUCAGGUAAGACUUACUCUAUGACUGGUAAUCCUGAAGCUAGGUCAUCUGCAGGUAUAAUUCCACGUACUCUUUAUCACAUAUACGAUUAUGCACGGAGAGAAUAAGAAUUAAUAAUCGAUGUCACAAUUAGUUAUCUAGAAAUCUAUGGUGGAUCUGGAUAUGAUCUACUAGUUGCAGACAAUCGAUCCAGAAAUCUGCACGAUUUACCAAAGGUUUAAGCAAUGGCAACUGCGAAUGGCUAAACUAUUUUAUAAGGAUUGUCCUUGAAAAAAGCAUAAACUGAGGAAGAUGCUCUAAAUCUACUCUUUAUUGGAGAAUAGAAUAGGGUUAUUGCAGAAACACCCAAGAAUGAUGCUUCUACAAGAUCACAUUGCAUUUUUAUUGUUAUAUUAGAAUGUCGUAAACCAACUUCAGAUGUCAAAACUGUUUCUAAACUUUGUUUGGUGGAUCUUAGUGGUAGUGAAAGAAUUGGAAAAACUGGAGUUGAAGGCAUACUCUAAAGGGAAGCUACAGGCAUCAAUUUAUCCUUGCAUUUUCUAGAAUUAGUUAUUGAUUGUUUGAAUCGUUAAGCUAACGGUGAAAACAUUCAUAUUCCCUAUAGAGAUUCACUGAUGACUCUCGUAUUGAAAGAUUCCUUGGGUGGAAACUGCAAAACCAGAAUGAUUGCUACUAUGUCUAGUGAACCUGAUGAUCUCCCGGAAUCUAUUUGUACUUGUCGAUUCGCAGGAAGAGUUGCUAAUAUUAAAAACAAAGUAACUAGAAAUGAGGCUGUGGAUCCAUUUAUUAUCAUAGAGAAGUUGAAAAGGGAAAAUUAGUAAUUGAAAGCAGAAUUAGCAAUGAUAAAAGGAUAAAGUAUCAAGGAUCAUUUGGAAUCUUAUGAGAUUGAUGAAUGCAAAAAGAAGGUUGAUGAAUUUUUAAACGCAGAUGAUCCAGCAGCCAUUUUGGUUGUGAAUGAUCAUCUUAAAAUGAAUGAAUGCUUUUUCUAACUUAAGCAUAUGCUCAAAAAUUUAAAUAAGAAGGUCUCUGCUUCACCUGUUGUUCAAUAGCCACAAGCUAUCACUAAUAAUAACAAUACAGUUGAAGUGUAAUAAUUGAAUGAUGAGGUCUUGAGAUUAAAACAAUUAAUCAUCCAGAGAGACAAUGAAAUUAUGAUCCUUCUAAAUCUAAUAUAGAAGGGUAAAGGUUCGAAUGCUAAUCAAUCGUUGGUAUUGUAAGGGCCUAUUUCAGAAUAACCUGAAAUUCAAUAAGCUAAUACAUCCAGUAUCUUAUAGCCAAUAGAGUUUCCAAAACAAGCUGAAAUUGAUAGACAAAGUUAAAUCAUAACCGAGAAGCCUGGCGUUAAGAAAUAGAAUUUUAUGUAAGGUAGUUUAGAUAGUGAGCCUAUGAGUCAAACCACUAAAACAACUACUGCAUAAAUUAAAGAACUAAAUGGUAUGUGUAUCAGAACCGAUUAAUAUUUCUAAUGA